AAGUGCCCGCCCCCGGGCUGCUGGGCUGUGGAGACUAAGCGGCCCGCAAGGAUUUGAAACCGUUUGGCAGCGGCGGCGGUAGCGGCGGCGGCGGCGGCGGCAGCGGCAGCCGAGAGGAAAGCUUGCGUGUAGGGGCGCCAGACUGAAUGAUGGAAGUGGGAAGUGAGGAAGAAAAAUGGGAGAAGCUGGAUGCAGAAUUUGAUCACUUUGUGGUAGAUAUGAAGCCCUUUGUUCUAAAAUUACCCCAUAGGUCAGAACGUCAGAGGUGUGCUCUUUGGAUUAAAAAACUGUGUGAGCCUUCGGGAACAGGUUCAGGAAUAAUGGGGAGGAAGAAUCGGAACCUGUAUGCAAAACUGUUACUGCAUAUGCUUAAGCGAGGAGUGCUUGAAGGCCCUUUUACACACCGACCUGAAUCAGGGACACUAAAAACUUUACCUUCAUACAUGUCCAUCUAUUUUGAUGAACCAAAUCCAGCACGAGCAAAAGGUUCAAGCCCAGAGAGAUUACCAGACUGGGUGUUGGGUGAGCUGGGGACAAGUGAACACAAAUUAAAUGAAUCAUGGAAACUUUCUUCUGGAGAAGAUAACACUCUGGUACAGUCACCAACUGAUGUCCACAGUAGGGAACAGUAUGCUGGGAUACUCCGAAUGAGAUCACAUUCUGUGAGUCCAACUUACAGAGAAGAUGGACAAAAUAUUACCCCAAAGAUUUGUGAAGUUCAUUCGAAAAGAUCUCCUGUUUCUUUGGAUGAUAGUGACGUUGAAGCUCGCCUUAAUAGUUGGAAUCUUGGGAUAGAAAAUCCUCGAUAUCUGAGACAGAAGCCUAUCCCAGUUUCUCUGAUGACUCCAAAAUUCAGCCUGAGAAAAUCUAGCAGUCUCCACGAUGAUCAUUUCUUCUCUAGAAUGCAUGAGAAAGAGUUGGACAUGAAAACAAAAAUGAUAGAAGCUAAAUUUCAUGAAGACAGGCUUAAACUACAGCAGAAACAUGAUGCUGAUGUUCAGAAGAUUUUAGAAAGAAAGAAUAAUGAAAUAGAAGAACUCAAAAUUUUAUACAAAAAGAAACAAAAUGAAACUGAAGAAACUAUUAGGAAACUUGAAAAGAAAGUUCAGGCCCUUAUACGUGACUGUCAAGUUAUCAGAGAGACUAAAGAAAACCAGAUUGCAGAGCUAAAAAAAAUAUGUGAACAAAGUACAGAAUCUCUGAAUAAUGACUGGGAAAAAAAGCUCCACAAUGCUGUAGUAGAAAUGGAAAAGGAAAAGUUUGAUCUUCAAAAGCAACACACUGAAAACAUUCAAGAAUUGCUUGAGGAUACAAAUGUACGUCUGAAUAAAAUGGAGAGUGAAUACAUGGCACAAACACAGUCCACAAACCACAUGGUCAAAGAGCUGGAGGCCCGUGUGCAGCAGCUGACUGGAGAAGCAGAGAACAGUAAUUUACAGAGGCAGAAAUUAAUACAAGAAAAAUCGGAACUUGAAAGAUGUUACCAGAUAACAUGUAGUGAAUUACAAGAGGUAAAGGCAAGGCGCAACGCACUGCAUAAAGAGAAAGAUCAUCUUGUAAAUGAUUAUGAGCAAAACAUGAAACUAUUACAAACCAAAUAUGAUGCUGAUAUAAACCUUCUAAAACAAGAACAUGCUCUUUCAGCUUCUAAGACAUCUGGUAUGAUUGAAGAAUUAGAACAGAGCAUCUGUCAAUUAAAACAGCAGUUACAUGAAUCAGAACUUCAAAGAAAGCAACAACUAAGGGAUCAAGAAAAUAAGUCUCAAAUGGAGAAAAGUAAUUUAAAACGCACCUAUGAAAUAAAGGUUCAUGACUUGCAGAGUGAACUUGAUAAAGAAAAAGAAGAUGCUCAAAAGAAAGUUCAUAAAUUUGAGGAAGCUUUGAAGGAAAAAGAGGAGCAGCUAACUCGUGUGACUGAAGUUCAGAGGUUGCAGGCCCAGCAGGCAGAUGCUGCUCUGGAAGAGUUUAAGCGGCAAGUGGAACUGAACUCAGAGAAAGUCUAUGCUGAAAUGAAAGAGCAGAUGGAAAAAGUGGAAGCAGAUUUAACUAGAUCUAAGUCCCUUCGUGAGAAACAAUCAAAGGAGUUUUUAUGGCAACUGGAGGACAUCAAACAGCGAUAUGAACAGCAGAUAGUAGAGCUGAAGCUGGAGCAUGAACAGGAGAAGACGCACCUAUUACAGCAGCAUAACGCAGAGAAGGAUAGCCUAGUCCGAGACCAUGAACGGGAAAUUGAAAACCUGGAAAAACAGCUUCGCGCUGCCAAUAUGGAGCAUGAAAAUCAAAUUCAGGAGUUCAAGAAGCGAGAUGCACAGGUGGUUGCUGACAUGGAGACCCAGGUUCACAAGUUGAGAGAAGAGCUGAUUAGUGUGAACUCACAGCGGAAACAGCAGCUGGUAGAGCUUGGUCUUCUUCGUGAAGAGGAAAAGCAAAGGGCCGCACGGGACCAUGAGACCGCUGUCAACAAACUGAAGGCUGAAUCAGAAAAGAUGAAAAUAGAACUGAAAAAGACGUAUGCUGCUGAGACAGAGAUGACAUUAGAAAAGGCUAACAGCAGGCUGAAGCAGAUUGAGAAGGAAUAUACUCAGAAGCUUGCCAAAUCUUCACAGAUCAUAGCAGAACUUCAGACAACCAUUUCCUCUCUGAAAGAGGAGAACAGCCGGCAGCAGCUUGCUGCAGAAAGGCGGCUCCAGGAUGUUGUACAAAAGUUUGAAGAUGAGAAGCAGCAGCUGAUUAGAGAUAAUGACCGAGCAAUCAAGAUUUUACAAGAUGAACUUGAAAACCGCUCUAAUCAGGUGCGAUGUGCAGAGAAAAAAUUACAGCACAAAGAAUUGGAGGCACAAGAGCAGAUAACUUACAUAAGACAAGAAUAUGAAACAAAAUUCAAAGGGUUGAUGCCAGCAUCUCUAAGACAAGAACUUGAAGACACAAUUUCCUCCUUAAAAUCCCAGGUUAACUUUCUGCAAAAGAGAGCAUCCAUCCUGCAGGAAGAGCUGACUACAUACCAAAGCAGAAGGUAACUUCAUGAGAGGAUGCAUUGGAUGCUGUUGUCCAGGCUGCACUGUGGAUUCCUUCCAGCAGGUUUGAAGAUUUGAAUGUUGUAAACUGUGAGAUCAGUGGCAUUUUUUAAUACUUAAAUGUAAUUAAGAUCAUAAAAACUUGCAUCAUUCACACACUAGUGGGGUGGUUUUAUUUGUGUCUGCCUAAGUUAUUUUUUUAACAUUCCUUUAUUUCUGAUUUCCAUAUUUGUGUGCAUUUGAGUAUGUGCUGAGAAUUGCUUAUAUUGGGAAAAGAAAUGAUUUCUUAUGGUAUGCUUUAUUAGUGCUUUUGCAUAUCAUUUUACCAGUUGCAUAGGGUCGAGACUGCGUUUGUAGUAUCAUACCAAAGUCUAACCUGUUUACAUUGUUUCCAUGCUUGUGUUCAUAUAUUAUUAAAACAUUAUUUUAUACUUA